AUGCGAAAAGUUGUUCUAGCCUGGAUCGAAAAACUAUACGAACCGAUUCUUUACUUAUGGCUGCAUGUAAAAGUCUAAUUGAUUGGGUUCAACUACAUGUGAUUGGGUUCAUACUAAUCAAUUGACUACUACUACUACUGAUUGGGUUCAAGAACUACUGACAACAAACUAAGAGGACAAGAGGAAGAGUAUAGACAACCGAUUUAGCACUAUCAGUUAUUUGUGGAAGUCUAGAGACAUCAUCUCAUUGUUGAUGUCUAACUUCUCUAAUGUAAGAACUCCCGACCACACGCGGAUACGAUUUUCUACGAGCAGGACUUAUUGAUAUGGGUAAAAAUGGAGGUCGAGGUAUUGAAGGUUCUGGCACGACAACAAUAAAUACCGAUCGCCG